UGCCACUGCCACCAUUACCAUGCUAUUGAACGAGUUUAUGCAAUGAUCCUCCGCUAAACUAGCCUAUGAAACUGCAAUUUUUGCACUAAAUAAAGUGCCACUCACACAUUUUGAUUGACUAAAUAUAUGAACACAUUGAAUAAAUGAAAGAUUUAAUUUAAAACACAACUGUCAUAUUUCUUUGUGUGAACUUUUAUAGAUUAUAUCAUGAUAACACGUAUACGUAUUCUAUGCUCAUACUCUCGUGUAACAGAGAAUACAUGUUACUAAAUAUGUCAGUUAGCCUUAGAUGUGCAGUAGCACUCGUCUCAGGUUAAAUGUUAUUGAAGAAUUAAAGAAUUAGUUUAACAAAUUUAUCCAUAUGGCAUCACCGGCUCCUAAAUCACCAGAGCAAUCUGAAAGAAGCAGAAAAUAUGAUAGACAAUUAAGAUUAUGGGGCGAUCAUGGCCAAGCUAUGUUAGAAGGGGCACAUAUUUGCCUCGUUAAUGCCACAGGUCUUGGAACAGAAAUUUUAAAGUCCUUAGUACUUCCAGGUAUUGGUGCAUUUACAAUUGUGGAUGGAAAAAAGAUUACUAAUGAAGAUAUCGGGGCAAAUUUUUUCUUAGAGGCAGAUAGCGUAGGGAAAUCAAGAGCGCAAGUUUCAACUGAAAUGCUUUUGGAAUUAAAUCCUGAUGUAAGGGGUGACUAUAUUGAUGAAGAGCCUGAACAACUUUUAUAUAAUAGCCCUGACUUUUUUAAUAAUUUUACUGUUGUUGUAGCUACUUCACUUACUGAAAAGUCUUUAAUUCUUUUGUCAGAAAGAUUAUGGGAUUUGAAUAUACCUUUAAUAGUAUGUAGAAGUAUAGGAUUUAUUGCAUAUAUGAGAAUUCAAGUGAAAGAACAUGUGAUCAUAGAAACGCACCCAGAUAAUGAAACACCAGAUUUACGUCUAGAUAGACCAUUUGAGGCACUAAAACGGCAUUUGGAUUCAAUAAAUCUUGAUGAAAUGAGUUUCAAAGAUCAUUCUCAUGUGCCAUAUUUAGUGAUAUUAUACAAAUUCUUGGAAAAGUGGAUUUUAGACAAAGGACAAUUGCCCAAAACUUAUAAAGAGAAACAUCAAUUAAAAGAAAUGAUAAAGAAAGGAAUAAGAAGAGAAGAUAAUGAUACUGCAAAUAGCGAAGAAAAUUUUGAAGAAGCUAUAAAAGCUGUGAAUACAUGUGUAGGACCUACAGAAAUUCCAAAUAGCAUAAUGAAUAUUUUAAACGAUGAUCAAUGUGUCAAUUUAACAGCUAAGAGCAGUUCAUUCUGGAUAAUUGCAAAAGCAGUGAAAGAUUUUAUUAAAAAUGAAGGGGCUGGAUUAUUACCGCUAAAGGGAACUUUACCAGACAUGAUAGCAGAUACUGAAAAAUAUAUAACACUUCAGCAAAUUUACUACAAACAGGCGGCAGCUGAUGUAGAGGCAGUAUGGCGACGUACAUUGCAAUUAUUACAGCAAUUAGGAAAACCAUCAGAUUCUAUUUCAGAGCGAGAUGUUAAAUUAUUUUGUAGGCACGCUUCAAAUAUACACGUAGAAAGAGGAACACGUAUCGCGGACGAAUAUGAUUCUAAAAUCUUUGAUACCAGUAACAUAGUGCAAAGUUUAGAAAAUCCAGAAAGUAUGAUGAUUUAUUAUGUUGUUCUUAGAGGAAUUGAGAAAUUUCAAACAGAAUAUAAUUCAUAUCCUGGUGAAUUUGAUGAUCAAGUAGAACCUGAUAUUGUUAAACUUAAAGCAUGUAUAACGAAACUCUUGAGUGAAUGGGGAUGUGGUCCAUUAGCGAAAGAUGAUUAUGUACACGAAUUUUGCCGAUUCGGUGGAUCAGAAUUACAUUCAGUAUCAGCAUUUUUAGGUGGUUUGGCAGCACAGGAAGUCAUAAAAUUUGUUACAAACCAAUAUAAACCGGUUCACAAUACUUUCGUGUAUGAUGCAGUGACGUCAAAUUCGGGAACAUUCUUUUUUUAGCAUUAAAUACCAAAAGAUAUAUCUAUUUCUGUAUUAAAUAAGGAAAUAUACGAUUUUAUAGUUUACAAAAUAAGUUCUAAAUAUUACAUCCUCUAUAAUAUUUUUAAAUGCGCUAAUAUUUUCUCUGGAAAAUAUCUAAAGAUGUUAACAAUUCAUUGAAACUCAAAUUUAAACGAGUAAUAUCAACACUUUAAUGUAGCAAUUAAUUGAUACACAAAUGGUUUCGUUCUUAUCUUCAAUAAACAACUAUUAAUAACUAUUAAUUAUAGUAUAUAUAUAAGGCAUAAAGCAAAUUAAUAUUUCGUAUCUUAUAAUCAACAUUGUACGCAAGUAUUAUUUUUAUCAGUGUCUAUUCUCAAUAUAACUUAAUAAAAGAUGUUACACUUUGAUUUUAAAUUCCUUCAUUUUGUACGGUAUUAGUAUUUUAUAUUAUGUUACAUUAUAU